AUGGUAUCGAAGGUACCCUUGGUGGCUGAUGGCGAUGAAGGUAUUGGUAGAUGGUCUCAAGGGUACGAAUGGUGGCUGAUGGAGAUUACGAAGGUGGUGGUAGGCGGCGACGACUGGCAUGAUGGAUUUUCUGCGAUGGUGGCAGUAAGUGGUUCGAUGGCGGUGUGUUUUUCGAUCUUAGAUUUAGAUUUGAGCAUAAUUUCUCUCAACAACAAAAUGUCUCUCAACUUCCUCAACCAUGUGGAAGAACAACAACACCUCCACCACCGUCGACCGCAUCCUUUCCACCACCAUACCAUCGGCGAUAGCCCAUCCAACGCGACAUCUCUUCCUCUGUUACAACCUCCGAUUACUACCACUAUUUUCGAUGACGACACUACCACCGCCAUCACCGUGGGGGUCUGCUACUGUCGUUACUUCUCAGGAAGAACGAACUAA